AUGGGGAACCGGGAGAUGGAGGAGCUGAUCCCUCUGGUGAACCGUCUGCAGGACGCCUUCUCGGCGCUGGGACAGAGCUGCCUGCUGGAGCUGCCGCAGAUCGCCGUGGUGGGCGGCCAGAGCGCGGGCAAGAGCUCGGUGCUCGAGAACUUCGUGGGCAGGGACUUUCUCCCUCGAGGGUCGGGCAUCGUAACCAGACGGCCUCUUGUGCUGCAGCUUGUUACUUCCAAAGCAGAAUAUGCUGAAUUUCUACAUUGCAAAGGAAAAAAAUUUACAGAUUUUGAUGAAGUUCGCCAUGAGAUUGAAGCAGAAACAGAUCGAGUGACUGGAAUGAAUAAAGGAAUUUCUUCCAUACCCAUUAAUUUACGAGUCUAUUCUCCACAUGUGUUAAAUCUCACACUUAUCGACCUACCUGGAAUUACUAAAGUGCCCGUGGGAGAUCAGCCACCAGAUAUUGAGUAUCAGAUCAGAGAAAUGAUUAUGCAGUUCAUCACACGGGAGAACUGUCUGAUUUUGGCUGUUACCCCAGCCAACACCGAUCUUGCAAACUCAGAUGCAUUGAAGCUAGCUAAAGAAGUUGAUCCUCAAGGUUUAAGAACCAUUGGAGUCAUCACCAAAUUGGAUCUUAUGGAUGAAGGAACAGAUGCCAGGGAUGUUCUAGAGAACAAGCUGCUGCCUCUUCGCAGGGGUUAUGUGGGGGUGGUAAACAGAAGCCAGAAGGAUAUAGAUGGGAAGAAGGACAUAAAGGCUGCCAUGUUGGCCGAAAGGAAAUUUUUUCUCUCACACCCGGCUUACAGACAUAUUGCUGAUCGGAUGGGGACCCCACACCUGCAGAAGGUCCUUAAUCAGCAACUUACCAACCACAUUCGAGAUACCCUGCCGAACUUCAGGAGCAAACUACAAGGACAGUUGCUCUCCAUAGAGCAUGAAGUGGAAGCCUACAAAAACUUCAAGCCAGAAGACCCCACCAGGAAGACCAAGGCGUUGCUGCAGAUGGUUCAGCAAUUUGCUGUGGACUUCGAGAAGAGAAUUGAAGGGUCAGGGGAUCAAGUAGAUACCCUAGAGCUCUCAGGAGGGGCUAAAAUCAAUCGUAUAUUCCAUGAACGCUUUCCUUUUGAGAUAGUAAAGAUGGAGUUCAAUGAGAAAGAAUUGCGAAGAGAAAUAAGCUAUGCAAUCAAAAACAUACAUGGUAUCAGGACAGGGUUGUUUACUCCAGAUAUGGCAUUUGAAGCAAUAGUCAAAAAGCAAAUUGUAAAGCUGAAAGGACCCUCCUUGAAGAGUGUAGACCUGGUUAUACAAGAAUUAAUCAACACUGUCAAGAAGUGUACCAAAAAACUGGCAAACUUCCCCCGACUCUGUGAGGAAACAGAAAGGAUUGUUGCCAACCACAUUCGUGAACGAGAAGGGAAGACAAAGGACCAGGUACUGCUAUUGAUUGACAUCCAAGUUUCCUACAUCAACACCAACCACGAAGAUUUCAUUGGGUUUGCAAAUGCUCAGCAGAGGAGCAGUCAGGUUCACAAGAAAAACACAAUUGGAAAUCAGGGAACCAAUCUUCCGCCUUCAAGGCAAAUUGUGAUUCGCAAGGGGUGGCUAACCAUCAGCAACAUCGGCAUCAUGAAAGGAGGCUCCAAGGGAUACUGGUUUGUCCUUACCGCUGAAAGCUUGUCCUGGUACAAAGAUGAUGAGGAAAAAGAAAAGAAGUAUAUGCUGCCCUUGGACAACCUGAAAGUUCGAGAUGUGGAAAAGAGCUUUAUGUCUAGCAAGCACAUCUUUGCACUUUUUAAUACAGAGCAAAGGAAUGUAUACAAAGACUAUCGUUUCCUUGAGCUGGCCUGUGACUCACAGGAGGAUGUAGACAGCUGGAAGGCAUCUCUACUAAGAGCUGGGGUUUAUCCUGAUAAAUCUUCAGGGAACAACAAAACUGAAAAUGAUGAGAAUGGCCAAGCAGAAAACUUUUCCAUGGACCCACAAUUGGAGAGGCAAGUGGAGACCAUUCGCAACCUCGUAGACUCCUACAUGUCUAUCAUCAACAAAUGUAUUCGAGAUCUAAUUCCAAAAACAAUAAUGCACCUUAUGAUCAAUAAUGUUAAAGAUUUCAUAAAUUCAGAGCUCCUAGCCCAGUUAUAUUCUUCAGAGGACCAAAAUACCCUGAUGGAGGAGUCUGCCGAGCAGGCCCAGCGCCGGGAUGAGAUGCUGCGGAUGUACCAGGCCCUUAAAGAAGCCCUUGGGAUCAUUGGUGACAUCAGCACAGCCACCACGUUCACCCCUGCACCGCCUCCUGUGGAUGACUCCUGGAUACAGCGUUCCCGCAGGUCCCCCCCUCCAAGCCCCACCACCCAGAGGCGGCCGACCCUGAGCACUCCCCUCACGCGGCCAGCCUCCAGCCGAGGGCCCGCACCCGCCAUCCCUUCUCCCGGACCGCACUCGGGGGCGCCCCCGGUGCCCUUCAGGCCCGGCCCGCUACCCCCUUUUCCCAGCAGCAGCAGCAGCGACUGGUUCGGAGCACCCCCACAAGUUCCGUCCCGGCCCACGAGGGCCCCGCCCAGCGUCCCCAGGUUUGGUGCCAUGAAGGGUGAAGCCGCUGAGUCUUGAAGUCGUGGGUUCAGGGCACAUGGACAAUUAAGUGGCUUUUGUGACUAGCCUGUGUGUCUGAGUCUCCCGAAAUCAUGUCCUGGAAACAUCUGACUUACUCCCUCCUCAAGAGCCCUCUGAACGUGUGACUUCCUUUAGCAACUGAGUGUCAUUUGGACGCAUGAUGAAUUCGUCUUGUGAUUUCUGAUUUCAGCCAUGAGUUUUUAAUUUUCCUCACUGUCCUUCCCCUUUAAAAAACAAAUAAAUUAUGAUUAGGUAUUCUGAUUUUUCAGGGAAACAGUUUUUAUUUUUAGCAACUGGAUUUAAAAGUCAAGCAAAGAAUUUUUUUUUUUUAAGUCUAAAGGCCAAGAAUGGAAACAACUUCAAGGUGUUCUUUCUGAUUCUUAGCAUUUAAGGCAUUUUGUGAGGCUGCUGUGUUAUAACAUUUGUUACUGAAAUCCCAAAUGUAAUUAAUAAUUUGUUGCAGGUUCAACGUGAGUUGAAAAUAUGACGCUUCAUAUAUUUUAAUGAAAAUAGAAAUUUGGCCAUAAACUGUGCACUAAAGAAAAUAUUCAAUUUAAUUUAAGCCCCUCGGUUAAAUAUGCCAUCAAAAUCAUUCGAAUUCCACAAUGGUUCUGGUUGUAACAUAAUAUUUCACUGAGGUGAAUCGAUGGUUAAUGACAAGGUUUUUCAUUCUUCAGUCUUGGUUUCAGUCUGGUUUAAGUGAAGGUAAAAUUAGCCUGGUGGUUUCCUUCUUGGGUCUAGCGAACUAGAGUCUACUUUACACAAACAUCUUCAUCCUGCCACAGUAUGGAAUGACUGGCAGUCUGUUUAGGGGAGGCCCAGGAACAGAACUGCAAGUGUUCUGAAGGUCAGAAUCGGGGACUUUCGCAGAUGCAUCAAGGUAGACUUCAGAUUGCCUUUCUGUUUUCAGUGUAUCCCUGAUCUUCCUAUUCCAAAUAUCCGAGGCUGUAGGAGGAUAGAAGAGAAAGGAAAAUAAGAAAGGAUCUACACGAGACAAAGUACAAGCAACAGAAAUGCAGCCAGGCGGUGGGCAGCCGUAAAUGUAACAGGAUGCCGCUGUUAGCCCAGUGGUAACUGGCAGUGAGUGAAGCAAAUACAACUGCUUCCACGUCCCAUGACAAAUAAUAGCAAAUAGCUCUGUCAUUGUUCUCUCUGGGGUUUGAAACUGCUACGCUUCAGCCAUUGCAGGGAAAGCCUUUCUGAGUUUCAGGAUCCCCAGCCCUGCCCUGGGUCUCACCUGAUUGAUGGAGGAAGACAGCCAAGACGGGAGUCUGGCACGGGAACCACUGACCAGUGAAAAAUGCACAGUAAAUGAUUAUUAUUCUUCCUGUGGCCAGUCAGCAGCAAACUGUCACCAGUUGGAAUCUGCUGAAUGUUCCUAUAUACAAGUUGAUGUCAGCUCAAAAAGGAAAAGAAAGGAAAAGCAAAGAGAAUCGAAUCUCGCCCAGUGUAAGCAGACACACACGAGCUAGACCUUCUCUUUCCUCACUGCCCUCCUUUGUCUCUUUCGCUGUAAGAAAAGAAUGAUUUUACAGGGAAAACCUUCCCAGGAGGACAACUAUGGUUAGAUGGCAUGUUUUUCAGUGACUUCAGAGAUUCACAGCACAACAUGAUUCGUGGCUCCUUCACCUCUAAAUUUUAUCCAAGCACCGCGCUCCGACAAGGAGCUGCUGGGCGCUUCUUCUUUCCCUCUGAUUUAUCAGCUACUGUGAACGAUUAGAAGCGAAGUUUAGCUUGCUGGCGUUGCUGCGGCCGAUAAACAGCCAGGAAAUUAAACAUGAAAUUGUAAAUGCUGCGUCUUUCGCUCAGAACGUGCCCUAAAUGCUUACCUCCAGCAAUAUGAGAAAGGAGAGGAGGAUUUAGCUGAGGGUUGGAUGGCUUUUGUCUGCUUGUCAUAACUUUAUUGCUGCUUGAACACAGAAUUUGUAAAUGCCCAGCAUUAAAAUCCUUUAGCUUGCUUGAGCCAACAUAUUGUAGCCAUUGUCUGGGGGAACCUCUGAGUCUAAACACAUAUUUACACCCUUUAGUUGCCAAAUGAAAUCCAUCUGGCUUAUUUAAUGCUGUUGCCAAAAGAAUAUUAUACUUUUGGCCUGGCCCAUAUUUUUAAGUGCAGGGGAAGGGGGAUGGCGUUGGAAGGGCAUUGGGUUUGAGAGACUCUGCAGGUGUCUUGACGCCACAUUACCAGAUGAAAGUUUAGAUCACUUGGCAACUCUGAUCGAAACUAGAAGAAUUCCCACCUAGGGCAAGGUCGGAAGCACAAGGAACUCGGGCAGCCUCAUCACGGUGUGGUGCUCUCGUUUCCUUUUGGCUGCUUUUCAGGCAUCAGAGCCACAUGAUAGUCAAAAACCACAACUAGCAAGUGCUCUAAUUUCUGGAAUUAUUUUUUUAACGAUUCCCAUAAACACUAGGAAAUGUCCAUUCCUGUGUCCCAGCCAAAAUUACCAGCUCACAUGAACUGUAGAAAGAACAUGUUCCAUCCAAGGAUCAGAAAAAAUGGUAAAUCAAAGUGGCCGAUAACAAAAUUCUCCUUCACUCAUCGUCAGUGGCCAGGCUGGGCCUUCUUGACUUCAGUUGCCCAGACACAAGGAAAGUUCCAGAUCUUCAUAGGGUCGACAUUUUCCCCCACUGGGAUUCGUUUAAACGCUGAAAAAUAGGGAACCCAGUAAAUGUGCAAGUUAAUAUAAAAUGUACAAAUAAGCUCCAUUCCGUCCCUGCUUUGCUUGUGGAAGGGCUGAAGAGCCCACGGACAGGGGGAGUGACGCGAAGGCCUGGCUGAGCACAAACUAGACGCACCGCCACACGAACGCCCCCAGCUUCUGUGGCCGUUUCGAGAACCAAGAACAAGUGAGAAGUGUGAGGUGAAGGCCUUGGGUGGUUUUGAAUAUGAUCUGGGAAAUGAUGUUAUUUUACAAUCAAAUAUACCAGUUGCCUCUACCAUGUAAAUAUUACCUGUUUUCAGUUUCAGAUUUCCAUGAGGCAGCACUAUCUACGUUUAUCUGGGUCAGUAUAUAUCACAUGGAUCUAGAAUGAGACCUCUUAUGACGGUAGAUGAGAAAGACUUUCAAAGGUGUUUUGCAGCCCAGAAAGUCUAAAAUGAGAUUAUUUCGCUGGGGAGCAGAUAUUUAUAUACAAUAUAUUCUGUACCGUGUGUAUUUUUUUAAGUUUAUAUUAGGAUUGUUCUCAAAGCCAGUUUUAAGAGUGAAUGAAAUUUUUCCCUCAAAUAAAUGUACCCAUAGCAUCACACUCAUGGGACUUUGCUAGAAAGUCUAUACACUGCUCCACCUUUAGACCACCAUUCACAGAGGAAAAGCCAUAAAACCUGAGGAAAACGUCUACUUAUUUUCAAAACAACUAGGAUCUCUUUGCUUCUUGGUAGUAUUGGAAAAUAUUUUAAUAACUAAAGUAAUAAAACUUCAUGUGAGGCAAAAUUCUACCUUAAUUACUGCCUUUUGGGGUGGAAAAUUAAGGAAACAUUAGUAAAUGUGUUAACUAGAGAAACCACUGCAGUAAUUUCCCUCCACAUAUCUGGGUCUAAAGUCAAAAUAAAAUCCAUGCUACACAUAUUAUUUGAAAGAAAGCAAACUUGUUGUUUUAGCUCGACAAUAGUAGUAAUCGGAGCAUUCAGGACUGAAAUUAAUGGACCCCAGAAAUCCCUGUGACUCGUCAUCAGACUUUGAUUAACUUACUUAAAUGCCCUAUAGUUCAGUUUAGGAAUCUGUAGUGAGGGAUGUUGAUAUGUUGCUUGAUUUAAUAUUUCGAACACUAUAAAUUACCCCAUUACCAUCUUAAUACUUGAAAAUUAAGUAAGUAUAUUGAAAACUAAUUUUAAAGCACAGUAUCUUCGAAUAAACAUGUUGAAAUAGUGUUUUCCCCUGUACUUAAAACGUUGGUGUGUGAUUGACUACACCUUAUAAAUUUCCUUCUUUUAUACUAUGCUUGUCUCCUCCAACCCAGGACCUCUUCUCCAUAUGUAGCUAUUCAACAUAUGUUGUCACUCACAACCCUCUAGGUGAUGGGGCACUCAUGCCAAUAGCCAUUGUUACCGUGUUGUUCCAAAGUCCCCUUCCCUGUUGAGCAAGAAGAAAAUACUCUCAAGGGCCACAAGGAGUCUUUGCAAUUUAUACUUUCAUAAUCUCCGUAGACUGUUCAGCUUUCAGUUAAAAUGUUAUGAUUUUGACCAUUAAAGUUUGCUUUUCUAUUCUUUCCCUAUGGUUUUCAUGCUACUUACUAAAGGUGCAUUUUGAGAUGUAAAAAUUUGUAGCCAGGAUACUGAAGGUAGCACUGUCUCCAGCAAUAUUAAAUCGGAAAAGCCAUGUUUGAGAACAUUUCUCUCUGCUGCAUUCUCCCUGCGCUCUUGCUUUGGGCCCCAGUCCUGAGUCCCCUUGUCUCUCAGGUGGGCCCUCCGUCCAAUUAUACAGGAAGGUCUUCCUUAGUUACUUAUGGCGGACACCUGCCUUCGAGCGGUGUUUGGCAGGCCAGCAGGAUGAGGUAAUAAUCAGAAGAAAAUGUUCUGGUUCUUUGGCCUCAUCCACGUACAACAUUAUCCAAAACAGUCUUGUGUGAGUGAGAGCAGGGUGGCUUUGAGAUCCCUUGGUCUAACAUUCUGUAGGAGUGUGGGGGACACAACUUUUUGAUCCCUUCUAAGAUAAUGGAAAUAUAAAUGAUGUCUGCCUUUGCCUGUCCUUUCAGUGAUGUUUACAGACGGACAUAUGUAGAAAUAUGAGCCUUUCACUGGUAAACAUUUUGGCUUGACUUUCUCCGGGGCAAGCCGUCUUCUCAAGCACAGCCCCCACAGUCAUUACAGCAGAGUUUUCCUAAAAGCAUAUUUUGUGAACUCUUUCUCCAGGAUGAUGGCAGUUUUCGUAAGAAGAUGCCUAAAAGACAUAUGGUUUUCAUAGAUUUUUCCGUCUAGACUAGCUUUAUUUAGUGACUUUUGGUCUGAAUUGGUCUAGUUAAAAUUUCUGUAGAACCUUGUAUAAAAAUUUAAAAUGUGGGCAUACUAUUAAGGUGUAAAACAAAAAGUUUGACAUCUUAUUGGCAAUAGAUUAAAAGGGAUUGGUUGAAAGUUUCCUUCAGGUUAAGUAAUUCUGACCAUCCCGUAUGCCCACUCGUCCGUCCCGCUCCCACAACACUGUCCAAAAUGGAAAGGCUUACCCCCCAAACCCUAUAACUGUUAAAUUCAUAUACUUCUCACUGUUUUCCUGAGUAAAUUCUUUGUGUUCCAGUUGAUGUGUGUGUGUGUGUGUGUGUGUGUGUGUGUGUGUGUGUGUUUUAGAAAGCUGUAAUUCUUUCUGCAGACUCUUUACAUGGCCCAGGGGACAUAUGAUUCCUUGCCCUUUUAGCACCAGUUUUUACAAACGCAGCAUUUCCCUCAUUUUAAGAAAGGGCCCAUGAAGCCACUGAGUGAAGGAGACGCAACAUUUGGGAGUGUUUGUAGUACCGUCCACCACUGAUAAAAAUUCCAUUUUUAAAUGCAGUGUUUGCGACGCAUGUAGAAACAGUAGGGCACUUUGAGAGGAAAAGACUGACUUCCAGACUUGCCUAGAAAUCGGCCUUUUGCUCCCUCUUUUAUAAGAGCUGACACCACAGAUCCAGUCUGAGGUUAGCUGCAUCCGGACAAGGAGACUCCUGCAAGGGGGGAAAUGGUGGCCCUUUAGCCCCCCCCAGGAGCAUGCCCCGACUGCGCGAGGAGCAUUUAAUGGGACCUAGUCACAUGUUUGUUCACUGACACGGCAGCUUGCAAGGCACAACCGCCUCUCUGUUGGCCUCUGUUUGCUUUCAACGGUUUUGUUUUUAAAUUUUGAGCUCUAAGGCAGGUUAGAGCUCCUCCUGCUGGAUUUUUUUCUUUUCUUUUCUUUUCAAUCACUGGGAUUGUAAUAAGUAAAUGGUAACUCUUUGUCUCCAUUUUUGCCACUUGGACGGGUAGAAGUAAGUGGCCAGAAAAAUAUCACGUGGUACAUUUAAAACGGGCCUUUGAAUUAACCAGGUAUCACGGUCAGGUGAGAGGAAACAUCGCUGCAACAUUAAUCUUCUCUAAGUCUUCAGAUAACUCGUGCUCCGUUUUUUUUUUGUUGUUGUUGUUGUUGUUGUUGUUGUUACUAAAAUAAAAGGAAUUGGAAAGUUAACUUUUCCAUCGAUAUUUCUAGUUCCAUCUUUGCCCUGUCUGAGGUGAGGCCCCAAGUCAGAGACUCAUGCCUGCAAGGUUCCUGCUCUCUAUCGGAGAGGGACAAAAAGUCUCUUCUGUCUUUCCAAACCAGAGGUGAAUGUUGCAGUUCUAUAUAGAGAUUCGAAGUGUCGCCUGAAAUGUUCCUCCCCAUCCUUGCUUCUUUUUCUUCUUCUCACGGACUUGAGAUGACAAAGGAAUGUGCAUCUCAGAAGUGGACGUUUGCCUCUCCCAGUAGCUGGUUCUUAGCACCUCCUUCCCAACCUCUCCUCCUUCCCCCAAAUGGCGGCGUUGGCCAACCCCUUCCCCUGGUGCCUGGAGUGGGAAUGAGGGGAAGGGCAGGGAGAAGAGGACAGAAGAAGAUGAAGAGGGUUAGAAAUAGUUGUGCCCCAGCGGCAUCAAUGGGACUAGGUUUCUACAUCAUGUAAGUUCUUGGAGAUCUCUUUGGGGAUUUCUCACGAGAGAGAGGGAGAGAGAGAAGGGAGGGAGGAAGGGUGAAAAGAGAGAGAGAGAGAGAAAGGGAGAGAAAUGGGGAAAAAAAUCAUCAGAAGGGACACUGCCUAAUUUCAUUCAGUAGCCAUGUGCACGGAAAGCUCUUUUCAAGCCACAUGUUUUCUCUCUCUACAGUUUUCUCACCACCGUAUUCCUCUUCCCUUCUGCUGGUUUGCCUAUCUUUUUGUCCUUCCCUCCACCCAGCUUAUCUGUUGUCAAUGAUACAGUACAGAGGCUACAACACUUUUUAAAAUCUCAAAAGCAAUGCUUUUUAGGAAUCAUAUUUUAAUAUAACCCCAAACCCUGUAAGUGAUCUGUUUUAUGAAUUAGGACUCAGAGCAAAACAAAUAAUUUUGACACGUGUUAAAGAACAAGACAACACCUGGUUUCUCAAACGGACAGUGCUUUUUCUAGCUUUCUUUCCUUCACAUAUACUAGCUCCUGUUUCUGGACUGCCAGUCCCCUGAACUUCCCUGGUUUUCUGGAAGUCCUGCUAACCCUUUCCAUCCCAGGGGCCGCUGAAGCUGAGGCACCGUCCCGUUACACCACGUAUCCCACCGCUGGCAUGGUUUACUUGUCUCUCUCCCCAUCUCCAGUGGAAACUCCUGGGCAGUGAUCACGUCUGUACAUCUGACUCCUAAUCCAGCACAUAGCACGUAAACAGGGCUUAUUGAGGGAAUGAAAGAAGACAAAAUGAGUUGAUGUGCAGCGCUGAAUCAAAAUUUAUUUUGGAAUUAGCCCAAUAUUUGGUGUGCUUGAAGAAACAAUUUAAACACAAACACUUCCUCUCUUGUUCUGUUCUACCGAGAAGCUUGCCUGGCUGAACGCUGUUGUAAAAUUCGUUUUUACACAUCACAGACUGAGCAGAGUUAAUGUGGGCAAAUCAUCCUUCAGGCUGCUUUUUUGGGGCAGCCACAGAAGUGGGUAUGUCUGUACCAUCCCUCUGAACAAAAUCCAAGUCAGAUAUUUAAGAUUAUGUAAAGAAAAUGUGGCAAGGGAGAUUAUAUUACCUUUUAGCUCAGAGACUAAUUUAUACAGGAUAUUAGAUGUUUAUAUCAUCAAAUAACAAUUGUGGACUAUCUUCCCCCUUAUGUUCUUGCUUUAGAUUCUAUCAAUUGAUUCAUACUUUCCCAAUGACAUAUGUUAUAAAAUCAUGGGUUCAUUUUCACAGGGGAAAGAAAUGCUGGCUCUAACAUGUAGCACGAAUCAUAUUAGAGAAUUCUUUAGACCAUUUAAGUGGACUCCAAGUCCUAUGUUCUUUCCAACAUCUACUGUAAACUAUUCUUGGACAGUAUUGGCUCAUUUUGUUACUAAAGCUGAAAAGGCCAAAAAUAUGCUGGAGAGCAGCCUAUAGUAUUUUUAAUAAUAACUCACAAACUAUUAUCUUCCAUGUGGACAAUAUCCUGACCGCUGUAGCAUUUUUUAAAACUUAGCCUCAUAACUUGUAGAUAUGUAAAAUCUGUCUUGUUAAUAAAUGCUCCAAAUAAGAAGCAAAGCACAAACACAACUGUGUUUAAAACGCUGUGUCUCAUUAUCUGACAGCGCAGACACGUGCAAGAGAAAGUCCUGGGUCAGAGCGAGUUGUCCUCCCUUCCACCUGGAGGUGGGGUCCUGGUUUGUCCUUGGAUGGCUGCAUUCUUGUGCUGAGCCACUGGUUGGGACACUGCCCCCUGCAGGUGUGGGGGAAGGCUCUGAGCACGACAAGGAAUCAUCUGGGUUCAUAGGGAGUUUAUAAUGUCAUUCAGAUGAUAAACUAUACAUACAUGCCUUAAACGUUGCAAAAUGAGACGAGGGUUAAGUAAUUCAAGAGGAUCGUGGAGAAACAAGGCAUUACAGUUCCCGAGAGGGACGUACGAUUGGCAGUCCCCCAGCCCAGCUUAGCGAUGCCACCAGAGCCAUUCUCGCCCGGGGCCACUUUAAAAACAAGUUCCUCGCAGCCCACGGCACAUGCUCUUUAUGAUUUUAGAAAACUCAGAAGCGGUUUUUGUUUUCGUUCUGUUUUGUUCUGUUUUCUAAGAAAUUUGCUAGCUGUAGCCUUACUUCUUGUGGUUCAGUACACAAAACCCUUCAUUAAAAAAAAAAUUUUUUUUUUACCUGUUUCAUCAAUAAGAUAAACAAGUUGGGCAAGUUGCUAUCAGAUCCUUGUGGCUUCUAGAAACCUGGGAUGUAUAACUCUCCCAUCAUCCUAAAUGUAAUUACACAUGAUAUGUAAUUAUAUGUAAAUUGAAUUUUUGAGACAGAUGUAUUUUAAAGCCUCAAUUAUAUUUAAUAAGUAGAACUUGUGGUAUAAGAGCAGCAUAUUGCAUAUCCUUUUUUAUGCAAAUACUGCCCUGGUGGGCAGAUACCAUUCCUCUAGAUGUGUUUCUUCUUUAUAUUUUUUGAGGGUUUUCUUUUCUACUUUGGGGGAAGUGGGGUUCACCUAGCUAAUUAGGUAGGACUUCGGUCAAACCCUCUCUAAAGACGAGAAUUUGGAAUGCAUGUUUAUAGGUGUUUCCUUUCUAUACUUGCUGCCAUUUUCAUAAGCAAAUACAAGCUUCCCUGGGCAAGCAGUUAUUCUUCUGGGGAUGAUUAACAAGAAUGCCACUGUAGUAUAGUAUCCGGGUCUUUACGAAAUAAACCUGAAACUGAUCUGACCCAUGCUUAAGUCUAGCUCCCAAAGGUAUCAAACUAUUUACAACCAUUUCUUCCUUCUUAAGAUUUUUUUCCAGUACUUUCUCUUUUUGCUUGUACUAUAUCUGGCAAGUGAAUUGAACUGCUAAUAAAGCAAGAUCAAAAUCACUUAUUAUGCCUUAGAACAAUGGUUUGAAAACCGUGGUCCCAGGACCAGCAGCAUCAGCAGCAUCUGGGAACUUGCUAGAAAUGUCUCACCCUAUUAGAAACUCUGUGUGGUGCCCAGCAAUCUGAGUUUUAACAAGUCCACCAGGGAAUUCUGUUGCACAGUCCAAUUUGAGAAUCGUUGCCUCAGAACCUGCAAAUGUAACUGGCCAAUAGAAUCCUGGAUGGGGAGUCACGAAAUAUUGGUGUCAACAUGGAAAAAGAAGGCAGCUGAGCCACACAGACCCAGUCUGGCUCACGCAUUUACCAGUCUCAUAAUUCCCGCCUCUCACCCUGACAAGCAAUAAGGGCAGGGGCAGAAAAAACAAGCCAUUUCAACAGUGUUAUGCUACCUGGCAGCAAGAAACUAGAGGAAUGGUAGUUUUUACACACACACCCCCACCUGCUGAUGCACUCCAUAGCCCAUUGGCCCUAUAGAAUUCUCUCUAUAUUCUCUUUAUAUUCUAUCUAUAUUCUCCUUCUCUCUCUCUGUGUGUGUGUGUGUGUGUGUGUGUAUAUACACACACAUAUAUCCAUCCAUCCAUCCAUCCAUCCAUCCAUCCAUCCAUCCAUCCAUCUAUACCUUAGGGUUUUCAACCUCUAAGAUUGGCAUCACACCAUGAAUACUCAGAACCAGCUAACCCAAAGCAGAGCAGAUGAAAUUUUAGUUCUUCCGUUCUUCGAAGAGAAUUGAAAGAGACAGUAAGACAAACAACACAUUCCUCUCUCUUAUCAGUAAAGCCGGUUUCUCCCCUUCAAUGCCACCCACCCUGUGUGAGCGUUGGACUUUCUUGCAAAAAUUGUCAGUGUCCAAAAGACUGUAAAAGGUUCACCCCUGCAGCUACGAAUGCAACUACAAGUAUUACAUCUCUCCCUUUGAUUUGGAAGUAGAAACAUGGCUCUGCUAUAGUAACCAUAAACCGCCCACACACAACACAGUGUUUCAAUAAACACUAAGUGAGGCAAGAUGCCCCAUUUCAAUGUAAUGGGUUCCUUAAUGAAGCCCAUCACUAAACAAAGACACUGAGGAAAAUUUGGUACAAAACAAAUAACUUUGCUUUGCCCAAAACAAACUGUCUUAGAAGUGGAUGUCUUUGGAAACUCUUUGAAUGGUUAGGAACUAGACCAAUGAAAUGAACUUUAACGGUAAACCUUAAAUGUUUUUCUGGUGUUGAAGUUGGCAAACAGCAUUGCUUAUUAAGAAAAUCACACUGAACAACUUAAUGUUCUUCCUGAAUUGCUUUCUAGUAGAGUUUUAUUGUUUUAGAAAUGAAAUGAUGCUCACUUUUUCCAGAAAGGGGGGGUCUUUCAGGAUUUUUAAUUACUGAGUACAUAUGGGUUACUUUAACCUGAAACUGGGCAUAUUUUAGAGAUGUCAUAAUUAUUUUGAAAGGACAUGAUGGAAAUUUUGUCUUUCAUUCUUUCAGUCAUUCA